GAAGGCAACCAAGAAGGAAAAAAAAAAAAAACGCCCGCGAGAAUCAGACAACGGCAACAACGAUCACUGCAGUGGUGGACAACAGGUGGGCAGACCGGGAAUUUGAAGUCUUCCGUAGCGACGGAGGAAAGUAAAAGGGCAUGAUCAUCCUUUUCCCCCCAGCCUAAACUAAUUCGUCAAUGGCGUUCGUGGCAAACGGCUGGAGCUGCAGUGCAGAGAAAAGCGGAGGAUGUAAACACAUUGCCGUCAUUGGGGUUGCCAGGCAACCAGCCACCUGGUUGUUGCUGGUGGCGGGUGCUUAUCAAUUAUCAAUCAGUCCCCAUCAGCUGAUUGAUCGCUCUGAUUUUUGUGAUGUAUGCAGAGUAAGUGGAUAUCUUUCCCCUCCUUCUUGUCAUCAUUUGGGCACCAUCAUACAAUGUAGUAUCGACAAUAGAUUCCAAUGUGAUACAACAGUUUUUCUUUGCUUUUUGCUUUUCUUCAGAUCUUAUAUGAUCGGGCCUAGCAAUGCAAGACGAAUACAUCGGGUGUUGGUGUCUCCACACAGGGAAAAAUUUGAGAUGGUUGGAAACCAGCUGAGAAAAGCCAUAAAAAAAAAAGAAAAAAGAAAAAAAAGGAAAAGAAGAAAAAUGAUACAGGAGUCACUCCUCUUUGCUGGGUAUGAAAUCAAUUAUUGUAUCCAGGUUCCAAUAAUUGAAGAGAGCAUACAUGAACUUUGUGCAAGGGGAAAUCGGGUGGGAUUAGAUAAGCCGCCAGGUCACGGGACAAGUCAUAGUGAGCAUAAAUUCCUGCCAAGGCAGAUCCGCUUUCUUGGAAAGUCUUGGGCGUGGGGGUUACAACAUUAUAAAAGUAUCUCUAGAUCUAUAUAGUAUCAAACAGGUCAUCAGUUGGUUUGGAUCUCUUACUCCUCUUGCGUAGUCAGGUAAUUUUAGCGGAGAAUGACUUUUUCAUCUUCCUCAGUCUUCCCUCAGGAACAUGCUGAAUAAGAUAGACCCGUUUCUCUCUUCGCUCGCCUCCUGAGAAUAGGCCAGUGCUAGUAAGAUGCCGUCAUGGUCACAGAUUGAUCUUGUUUUCCUCCUUCUCUGCCAGGGUACUCAUACACUUUCCAACCCGGCUGAAGGACU